AUGUUGGUGGAAAUGAAUGAGUUGGGUCCUGUUUUCACAUUAUGGUCCAACUCAGAAGAUAAACUUGCACCAGCAUUGAUUGGAGUGGCUCACUCUAUAGAGAGGUCCUAUCUUGGACUGCAUGAACUUGUUGAUACAACGGAAACCACGUUUUUAAAUCCAAUACAUGAAUACUUGCUCUACAUCGACGUUAUAAAAGCAGUCUUAAGGAGGAGGGAUGCUCUGCAGCUCGAAUAUGAAAGUGCCGUCGAAGAGGCCAGGAAGAAACAGGAAGAUAAAAGCAAGAUGUCUGAAGAAGUCAAAAUGCAGCUUAGCAAGAAAGUUGAUGUCCUGAAUGAUCGGCUGAGUUGUGCCAACGCAGACAUCAGCUCCGAUCUGGAGAGGUGGCAUGCGAACAAGAAGAUUGAUUUCAAACAAAUAUUUGGAAGCAUGGCCGAGAGGCAGAUCAAAUAUUAUCAAUUGAACCUUGCUGCGUGGGAGGAUGUUGUGCCGAAAAUAAAGAGAACAUUGAAAGAGUCAGAGGAGUCAAUAAAGAAUAAAGACACUGACACGCCAUGA